AGAGGCUCAGCAGCUCGGUGGGGUUUGUUGUUGGAGGAGGAUUUGGGUGGAGGUGUGUUCUCCUCCCCGCCGCUCCCGGGAUCACGGUUGGGCUAACAAUUCGGUUUCCUCCGUAUUUAGAUAAACAUAUCUAUUUUUUAUUUUCCGUAGUUUAUUUAUUUAUUUUUGCUCCGUCGCCAUGGCUCUGCGCGGCAGCGUCGGGGCCUCGGCGUUACCCAGCGAGCUGAUCGUGCACAUCUUCUCGUUCCUGUCGGAGCGGGACAAGCUGCGGGCCUCGGCCGUGUGCACGCGCUGGAGGGAGUGCGUCUUUUACCCCGCGCUCUGGAGCGAUUUCAAGCUGCGCUUCUACACCGGGAUCAGAACCGGACCGGGACACGGGUCUGAGUCGGGAUCCGGACCGGAAGAGGACACCCCGAGGCUCGAGUUCCUCAUACGGCGGUUCGGCUCGGUGGUGCGCGAGCUGCAGCUGGAGUUCGGGCCGCUGGACGCGUGCGGAAGAGAACCGCAGAGUCACGAGCGCUGGAGAACCGCCACGCUCACCUACCUGCAGCACGUGCUGUGUGUGUUCAGCAACCUGAGGAACAACAGGAACCUGCAGAAACUCACUCUGUAUGGAGACCUGUUCGUUCUUCAGGAUGAAGUCGUGCAGGACGGCUCUUACCUCAGCCAGGUCGACAAAGGAGGCAAGAAAAUUAAAGAGAUCCAGCAGCUGUUUGAGGACUUCCUGUCGAACAGCAGACAGCUGAAGGGGCUCUCGUGCUCCUUCAUGCCUGGCCUUUUAACCCCGAGCACUCUGUCCUCGCUGUCCAACAUGAGCGCCGAGUCUCUGCAGCACCUGAGUCUCCUGGACCACCAGACCACCGGCUUGCUGCUGUCCCCAGAGCUGCAGCGUUUCUCCAAUCUGCUCUCGCUCUCUAUCGACUACUGCGACUUCACCUCCUCCAUGUGCCAGCUGUUGGCAGACCCCAACCGAGUGCCGCUCUCGCGUUUGUCUCUCUUUCUCAACGGAGGUUCCCUGGAGGCCCACUCUCUGGACUGCGUCGCGUCCGAUUCGGACCUGAAGGCUCUCACGAGGCAGAACGCAGACCUGCGUGUGUUCCUGAUGACGCUCGACGUGUUCGACGACGUGCUGGAGAUCAUCCUGAAGCCCAGUCUGCCUCUGGAGCGGAUCCACGUGGACAGUUACAUCGCGCCGCUCAGCGACACCUUCCUCGAGCGCGUCUCUCUCCAGUACCACAAAACGCUCACGCACAUGAUCCUCACGAGAGACGACGGCCAGUUCCCUGACCUCAGCGGGAACAGAAACGAGGACCCGCUGGUGCUGCUGGCGUGGCGUUGUGUUCAUCUCUCCGUGCUCAUCAUCCACGGGUACACGGUGUGGUCUCACAACCUGGUGGCCAUCUCUCGGCUUCGUGGCUCGAGUCUGCGUGUCCUGGACGUUUCAAAGGAGAGCAUCGACUUCGACCCGGACCAGGCUCUGUUCUCUAAGGGCGACCCGGAGCAGACGCUGGUCAAAGAGGUGUCUCAGGGUCUGGGCCGCGCCUGGCAACCCUCCAUCACCACGGAGAACAGCGCCAUCAUCGACGACCCCACGCUGCACUUCCACCAGGAGAUGCAAAGCUUCAGCAAGAACGUCUAGAGUCUCUCCUUUUCUUUUUUUUCCCCACUCUUUUCUUUAUUUCCUUCGUGUGUGUGUGUGUGUGUGUGUGUUAAUGCUAUGCCUGUUGGUUUGAUGUGCUGAUCACACACCCACUGCGAGUUCUUCUACCCUUCCCUAUGAUAACGUGAACGUGUGUGUGUGUGUGUGUGUGUACAAGCUACAGUUCCACCUGCUCGAUACAUCUGGUUUUACACUUUAUUUAUUUUCACCUCGAGCGAGUAAAGAGCUGUUUCCUGCUUCCA